GUAUCUGUUGAAUAUGUGGGGCUAAAGUGGCUGUUGUAGAGAUUGUCACCCGUGGGAGAUGACUUGGCCCUUUGAGCUGAGAGCUGUCAAGUGGGUUUAUGAUGAAUCUGAGUAGGGCUUUGGACCCCACAUUGUAAUAUCGUCAGGGGAGAGGUGUCUCAAGAAUAGCAACCGCCCCCAUCCCCACAGACAAACUUAGGAGUCUGUUUGGAUUCCUGAAAUUUUUGAGGGGAUAAGGGCAAUGGGAAGAAAGAAAAAUAAGUGAAGUAUGGACGUCUAAAAAAGUCUAAGUUUCCAGACAGGAACUGCUGCAGCCAUGGCCAGACCCGGAGCCCACCGCAAAUUUUAUGAUUUCUCUGGUCAGGGAGGGCAAGAUGGGGAGGUGCCUGGAGGAGCAGAGAAGAACACAAGGCCUGAAGAGUUAGUGAAGUAUGUGGCCAAAAAUAUCAUAGGUGCUGAUGCUGUCUUCUCAUCACCAUUUGGUCCCCGCAAAGUGGUGUACUGUGACUACACUGCUUCAGGCCGCUCCCUCGCCUUCAUUGAAGACUACAUUAGGAAUGAGGUACUACCUCAUUAUGGCUCCACACACACCACUGCCACCGUCACUGCCCUGCAGACCACCUUGUUCAGACAUGAGGCACGUGACAUCAUCCGCAAUGCCACUCAAGCUUCAGAGCAUGACCGGGUGGUGUUUGUGGGCACUGGAGCUACAGGAGCACUGCACAAGCUGAUCCACGGUCUGGCACUUGACUAUCCUCCUGUGGUGGUGGUGGGACCCUUUGCCCACCACUCAUCCCUCCUGCCAUGGCGGGAGGUUGGAGCCAAGGUUAUUCGUAUCCAAGAGACAUCAGAUGGGAGCUUGGAUAUGCAGCAUCUGGAGGAGACCUUGGCUCAGCACCAGGGUGGGUCGCGGCAGGUGAUUGGAUGCUUCACCGCUGCGAGCAAUGUGACAGGGACUGUGCUGGAUGAUGUAACAGUGACUCAGCUGCUCCAUCGUUAUGGUGCAUUGGCAUUUUGGGAUUAUGCUACUGCUGCCCCCUACAUCCCACUGAGGAUGAACCCCACAGUGCCUGGGGACACUCAUGGCCACACACACAAGGAUGCAAUGUUUUUCUCCAUGCACAAGUUUGUGGGUGGAGUCCAGACACCUGGUGUGUUAGUGGCAAAGGAAAGUUUGUUCCGGCGGCGUGACCCUGAAGUGUGUGGUGGUGGUUCAGUGUUCUUUGUCUCCAGAGACUCCCACCGUUACCUCCAGGAUGUGGAGACAAGGGAGGAAGGAGGGACACCAGCCAUAGUGGAGGCUGUGAGGGCAGGGUUGGUGAUGCAGCUUACAUCUGCCAUCACUCCCUCCUUCAUCACCGACUGCAACACCCACCUUGCCAGGGUGCUGGAAAAGCUGGCUAACAGUGUGGACCAGCUGGAGGUGCUGGGUAACUUCUCCAGCCCUGGCCGCCUGCCCAUACUGUCCUUUGUGGUGCGACAUCCUGCAUCCAGCCUGCUGCUGCACCACAACUUUGUGUGUGCCGUUCUCAAUGACUUGUACGGCAUCCAGGCCCGAGGGGGUUGUGCUUGUGCUGGCCCCUAUGCUCAGGAUUUGCUUGGCUUGUCUGAACCCCUUGCCCAGCGCUAUGAGUCCCUGCUGCUAGAGGACCCACGCCUUGACCGGACCCACCUGCGGCGACGCCAGGAACACAGCGACCUAGAGGUGUUGAGGCCCGGCUUUGUGCGCCUCAACCUCUCCUACAUUGCCAGUCCUGAGCAGGUAGAUUUUGUGGUGAGUGCAGUGGCUGAGGUGUGUCGCAGUGCCUGGCAGCUCCUUCCCCAGUACAUCCUCAAUCCAGAGACUGGAGAAUGGAAGCACCACACUAAUCUUGUUUUCCGAGGUCGUCAGUGGCUUGGUAAUGUCUCAUAUAAAGGGGGCACUUUCUCCUACCCCAACAAGAGCUUUCCACCUGACCAGCAGGACCCACCACCAGACUACUCACAGUGUCUGGAGAAUGCACUAGAGGUUUUCAAUAAGGCAGCCAAGGCCUCACAGCGCCGUCAACUACCAGAUGACACUAUCCUCUUCCAAGGCGAAGCUGCAGCACUACGUUGGUUUCUCCUUCCAAGUGAAGCCAAAUCUCUCCUUUUAGGAGCCCACAGUUCCUCAAAUCACUACCCUGAAGCACCCUUCACCCCAGUGCACUACCCCUUGUCUCCUCUGGAGUUGAAGAGCCGUCCAAAUUUUGUUUGGGAAGGAAGGGAGGAAAACUGGAAGUGCAAAAGACCGAGAGGUGAAACAGAGAGAUCCGAGAUGAGAAAGAGAGACCAACAACGAGAAAAAAGAGAAGGAAGUGGAAAUACAUCAAGCAAUAAAGUUAAUGUAGAUAGUGCCAGGGAAGUAGAAAGUAUAGAGAACCACAAAUCUAGUGAAGAAAUUAGCUUGGAUAGGCUUAUUAUAGAGGAGGGAAGGAAGAACACUCAUUCAUGUAAAGCUAAGGAACAGGAGAGUAACAUCAGUUCAAAUGAAAUGGAUAGAAAUCAGAAACAAGAUUCACAUUCAAAAAACAGAAAUAGAGAAAAUGAUAAAAAGGCUGACCCAGAGACCACACACACGGGAAAAACUCAGUCAGAGAAUAGAGGAGAGGAAGAGGAGAGCCAGUCUGCAGAAUCUUCGCAUAACUCCUCAGACUUGCCAGUAAUUAAUGGUGACCAAUGUGAUGAGAACCAAUCAUGUACAAGUGAAUGUGGUGACUCAGGGAUGGUGGCAUGUGAAGGUCUGAAGUGCCUAUUGAGAAGGAGUGAGGAUCAGGGUGCCAGUAAGGAAGGUGUACGAGGAACUACCAAAGAGCCAGCCAAGUGGCGUGCUCCUCCAAAGAAUAUUUUUAAUCCUACAGUGGAGGCUCUUACUGAGUUUGACAUGAUCCGUGAUGGUGAUCGUGUAAUGGUCUGCCUCUCAGGGGGCAAGGAUUCUCUCUCUCUCUUACACACGCUGCGUCAGUACCAGUUUUAUGCCCGUGCCAGAAAAGUCACCUUUACCCUUGCUGCAGCAACUGUUGAUCCCAUGAGUGCUGCCUAUGACCCUCGCCCACUCAUCCCUUACCUAGCCAGUCUGGGAGUGCCAUACUUCUUUGAGCAACAAGACAUUCUUGGUCAGGCAGCAGAACAACAGAACCUAAACUCCAUCUGUAGCUUCUGUUCGAGAAUGAAGCGUGGGCGGCUGUAUGCAGCAGCCCGACGGAACGAUUGCAAUGUGUUGGCUUUUGGACAACACCUGGAUGACCUGGCUGAGAGCUUCAUGAUGUCCAUCUUUCAUAAUGGUCGGCUGCGUACUAUGAAAGCUCACUACACUGUCAAAGAAGAUGACUUGAGGGUGAUUCGGCCAUUUGUGUAUGUGAGGGAGAAGGACCUGAGGAACUUUGCCGAAUCCCAAAAGCUUCCUGUUAUUCCUGAGAACUGUCCAGCAUGCUUUGAGGCCCCUAAGGAGCGGCAGCGGGUGAAACAGGUGUUGGCCCAGCAAGAAGUCCUGUUUCCUGGACUGUACUGGUCAUUACGCUCUGCCUUGCAUCCUGUUAUGGCCAUUAGCAAAACUGGUGUGGAAUCCAGUGUAUUUGGCAAAAAUGGAGUCCUGGCCACAUCAUUGAAAGGAAAAAUUGUCUCAACAUGUUUUUGAUGAAGAGGAAAGCUAGCAGAAAUAGUGAAUUGUGUCCAGCAACGUACACUGAGAGAUUCUGAACUGACUAAAUGGGUGCUGGGGUGUUGUGGCCCCCAACCCAGAUACAUCACAAAAAGCCGUCUGACAACACUGCCAGUAAUACUGCCACGCAGGACAACACUCAUUACAUAAGAAAGCUGAUAUUAUGCACGAAGACUUAAGAAGCACAGAGCCCUGCCAUUACUAUGGAGCCAGGGCAGGCCAAGCCAGACUGGGAAGGGUGAGGCUUGCUGAGACACUAACAUUCUGUCUUGCGGAUGACUGAAUCCAGCGAAUCUCGCACCUGGUGUGGAGUCUGCUCAAUCACUCGCAGGGCUGAGUGGGCAGACAUAUUGAUGUCCAUGAGCCUGGAAAUUGUAUCCUGCAGCUCUCCUUCUGUCCCACAAACUGCAAUCAUUCCUGAGGACAAGAAGGCCAGAUAAAAUCAUCAUGACUUGCACAAUGGAGCAGAAUUAUGCACCAAGAAAGCUGACACUAAGACUCACCUGGCUUCUUAUCAGCCAAGUAGGUGCAGUAAGUGUUGAGGAUGAUGGUAAUGUCGUCAUGAGCUGAGGAUGCUUCUCUAGGCCACAGUGCUCGAUGCUGUCGCACAAACUGCAGUGCUCCAACCCAUCGCUGAUCAGCCACCAGCUGCAGCAGCUAUUACACCAGUGAUAAUGGUUUUUAAUCUAGGAAAAUUACUAAUACAGCAUUAUUAAUCAUAAGUAACUCCCCCAUAGGGAGUCUGAUACUUGUGAUAAAAGUAAUGUUCUUCAAAGUUUUAUCCAAUCAUAAUUGCUUCUGUCAUGACACCAUGCCACUGUCUUGCAGGCUCCUCUCAAUAUGCCUUGUGGUUGAUUGGAGAGCAGUAACCAGCAGUGACUUUUUCCCUUUCCCUACAUAUUAUUUAACAUUUAUUGUAAAAUAAAAAUCUUGGGUGAUUCAUUCCAUUUGCUUAUAUGGCAGACUUUGGAUCUAGUGCUGAUCAUGAACCUCAAGGAAGCAGGUAAUUCAGUUAGAGAAAUACUGAACAAUUGGUUAUGGUGGUUCAGGGGGGAAGGGAUUUUUUUUAAAUUGAAAAUGCUUGGACCUAAUAAAUAGUCUGGGUACCCCAGUGGGCUGUUACUGUCUUAAGGUGUUCAGUGGUCUUGACAUCAGACUCCAUUGCACACAUUAAGACAGUAACAGCUCUCUUAUUUGUCUUCCAGGAGCACCUAGACCGUUUUUUAAGGUUGAGGUUUCUUCCUCCCCAACUUAUUCUAGAUACUACCAACUUUUCAGUUAUUUCUCUAACUGAAUUACCUGCUUCCUGAGGUUCAUGAUUAAUACCCGAUAGAUCUACAGCUGGUUACUGCUGUAUGAGGUUAGGCUACAAGACAGGGGCAUGAAGCUGAAGGAUGCAGAGAAGUCAUGGCAAAAAUAGCUCACUCUCAAAUAAUACUUACUUCAACCAUAAAUUCAUUCAUUCUCUCUCUCUCUGCAUCAUAUUUUUUUUUAAUACAAACUGGCCCAGACAUUUUUCCAGCUUGAAAUGCUGAGAGUUUGAUGCCAACUAUGACUCACCUGUAGCUCUGCUUCAGGCUGAGAGGCUGGUGGUACCACAGGGAGCUCCAAGGAUUGGGAGCCUAAAGAAGAAGAGCUGACUGGUGAGCCUCCCUCAGUACGACCAAGGCUGCUUUCACAGGCACUGCCACCUUCACUCUCUUCACCUCCUACACUCUCACACUCACCCUCCUCACCCUGUAACAAUGAAAACAAGAUUAAAAAGGAAACCAAAGUGU